AUGUCUUUCCUCGGAGGUUCAUCUGCCCCUACGGGCGCCAGCCAAACCCAGGCCAUCAAGCAACAAGUCGCACAAGAAGCCGCCGUCGCAAACGCAAGACAGCUCGUCGAGAAACUCAACGAACACUGCUUCGAACGCUGCAUCCCCAAACCCGGCUCUUCGCUGUCGUCGGGCGAGUCGACCUGUUACUCUCAGUGCAUGGAAAAGUACAUGUCGGCCUGGAACGUCGUGUCCAAGCAAUACAUCAAUCGCAUACAGAGAGAGGCUGGUUCUGGAGGCGGUGGUCUGAUGAUGUAA